GUUUAAAUUGAUAAUAUGAAGCUUUAAAGAAUCUAAAUAUAUGAAGAAAUAUUUUCUACUUUUGUGUUUCAUGUAAAUAGAGUUAUUUUCUACAGAGAGGAUGUACCCAGUGCUUUUUAGAUAUUCCUUCAGUCCUCUGGUAGAAAAUGUUGUUAGCCCAGAUAAAUCGGGAUUCUCAAGGAAUGACAGAGUUUCCUGGAGGAGGAAUGGAGGCUCAACAUGUUACCUUAUGCCUCACAGAAGCAGUAACUGUGGCAGAUGGUGACAAUUUAGAAAAUAUGGAAGGUGUAAGCUUGCAAGCAGUAACACUUGCAGAUGGCUCUACUGCUUACAUACAACACAAUUCUAAAGAUGGGAAGCUCAUUGAUGGCCAAGUCAUUCAGUUGGAAGAUGGUUCUGCUGCCUAUGUUCAACAUGUGCCCAUACCUAAAAGUACAGGGGACAGUUUGCGUCUAGAGGAUGGUCAAGCAGUGCAGUUAGAAGAUGGAACCACAGCAUUUAUUCAUCAUACCUCCAAAGAUAGUUAUGACCAGAGUGCAUUACAGGCUGUUCAGCUGGAAGAUGGCACCACAGCCUAUAUCCACCAUGCAGUGCAAGUCCCGCAGUCUGACACCAUCUUGGCAAUUCAGGCCGAUGGGACAGUGGCAGGGCUUCACACUGGCGAUGGCACAAUUGACCCUGACACUAUCAGUGCUUUGGAACAGUAUGCAGCAAAGGUGUCCAUUGAUGGAAGUGAAAGUGUAACAGGUACUGGAAUAAUUGGAGAAAAUGAACAAGAGAAAAAAAUGCAGAUUGUCUUACAAGGACAUGCAACAAGAGUAACUGCUAAAUCUCAACAGAGUGGAGAAAAAGCAUUUCAAUGUAAAUAUGAUGGAUGUGGAAAAUUAUAUACAACAGCUCAUCAUCUCAAGGUCCAUGAACGGUCACACACAGGAGACAGGCCUUAUCAGUGUGAACAUCAAGGCUGUGGGAAAGCUUUUGCAACAGGUUAUGGAUUAAAAAGUCAUGUCAGAACUCAUACAGGAGAAAAGCCAUAUCGGUGUUCAGAAGAUAAUUGUACCAAAUCUUUCAAAACAUCAGGAGAUCUACAGAAACAUAUUAGAACUCAUACAGGAGAAAGGCCCUUUAAGUGUCCCUUCGAAGGCUGCGGUCGGUCCUUUACAACAUCAAAUAUCAGAAAAGUGCAUAUUAGGACACAUACAGGAGAAAGACCUUAUUAUUGCACAGAACCAGGAUGUGGGAGGGCAUUUGCCAGUGCAACCAAUUAUAAAAAUCAUGUGAGGAUACACACAGGGGAAAAGCCAUAUGUUUGUACAGUUCCUGGGUGUGACAAAAGGUUUACAGAAUAUUCUAGUUUGUACAAACACCACGUCGUUCACACUCACUCCAAACCAUACAACUGUAAUCACUGUGGUAAGACAUACAAGCAGAUCUCCACGCUGGCUAUGCACAAACGGACAGCCCACAAUGACACUGAGCCCAUUGAGGAGGAGCAAGAAGCCUUCUUUGAGCCUCCCCCAGGUCAAGGCGAAGAUGUUCUUAAGGGGUCCCAGAUCACAUAUGUUACAGGUGUAGAAGGAGAUGAUGUUGUAUCCACACAAGUAGCCACAGUAACCCAGUCUGGGUUGAGUCAACAAGUUACACUCAUAUCCCAGGACGGGACCCAGCAUGUCAACAUAUCUCAAGCUGACAUGCAGGCCAUUGGUAACACCAUCACAAUGGUAACGCAGGAUGGCACACCCAUCACAGUCCCUGCUCAUGACGCAGUCAUCUCUUCAGCAGGAACACACUCUGUUGCUAUGGUCACCGCCGAGGGUACAGAAGGGCAGCAGUUCAUCUAUUUCCAAAUCAAAGCUGUGCCAGCUUUACAAAACAAGUUGGGAAGUGAUUUCUUCAGUACAAUUUUCUGUUUGUGUAAGGUUGCAAUUGUUGCUCAAGACCUGGCAGCAUUCCAUACAGCCUCAUCAGAAAUAGGGCACCAGCAGCAUAGCCAUCAUUUAGUAACCACAGAAACCAGACCUCUGACCUUAGUGGCAACAUCCAAUGGCACCCAGAUUGCAGUUCAGCUUGGAGAACAGCCAUCUUUGGAAGAAGCCAUUAGAAUAGCAUCUAGGAUCCAACAAGGGGAAACGCCAGGGUUGGAUGACUAAUCCUCAAAACAAUGAAGCAAUAAAGUAGAAGGAGCCUUUCAUCUUGUGGCAGCAGAAAUCCCAUCUUCUGGCAGCAGAAAUGCCUGAAGCCCCGGGCCCUGGAAAACCAGUUUUCCAUUCCUGAUACACUGUACACAUUUUUAUGCAAGAGUGGAGAACAUUUUAUUCUUGACACUUUUGUGUAUAUAACCCUUGGAAUAGAUUCCCAAAGUGAUUCAUUGUGUACAAGGAAGUAUGAAAUUAGGGCAAUACAGUAAAUUUUCAUGUUACUCUUUUAUCAGAUCACAAGCUCCUAGAACCCACUUGCAAGACCAGUGAAGUCUUUCGGAGUGUUAUAAUGGAUUAUUAACUUACUGUGAAAAAAAUAAAAAAUAAAGCCUGUAUCUAAAAUGUCAAGGUUCUACAUGUCAAACAAUCAUAUUUCCAAAAGCCAUCAUGGUCAAUAAAGGAUGUAAAGCCUUCAGAUAUUUCCCUGA